AAGACGGACGAAGCGACUGGGCAAGUACCAUCGCAGCCGCGGCGAAUUGCUUGACAGUUGCACGAAAUCAACGAGAUCCUUCGCGAGUGUUUGCAGCAGAAGGAGUUCGAGUUUUGUGUUGUGUGCGUGUUCGAGUCGAUUUCAGUUUGUGCUAAAUCAGUGCUCCAGUGAUUUUUCUCACAUCGAAACUAACCCAGUUUAGUGAAAAAUCGGGAGUAGACUCCGUGGGAGCAAUCGUCUAGUCGAGUCGCGUGAAAAACACAACAAAACAGAAUGCCGUCAGCAGCACCCGCAGCACCUGAAGUUCCGCGAACGGAACUUCAAGAGUUACAAUUGAAGUCACAACAAGUCACCGAUGAGUCGUUGGAAAGUACACGGCGUAUGCUGGCACUAUGCGAAGAAAGUACGGAAGUGGGAAUGAGAAGCAUCGUUAUGCUGGACGAACAAGGAGAACAAUUGGAUCGCAUUGAGGAGGGCAUGGAUCAGAUCAACGCCGAUAUGCGUGAAGCUGAAAAAAAUUUAAGUGGAAUGGAAAAAUGUUGUGGUAUUUGUGUACUCCCCUGCAACAAGAGUGCUUCAUUCAAAGAAGAUGAUGGAACUUGGAAAGGCAAUGAUGACGGAAAAGUUGUCAACAAUCAACCACAACGUGUGAUGGAUGAUCGUAAUGGAAUGAUGCCACAAGCUGGAUAUAUUGGAAGAAUUACCAAUGAUGCUCGUGAGGAUGAAAUGGAAGAGAAUAUGGGACAAGUUAAUACCAUGAUCGGAAAUCUAAGGAAUAUGGCUCUGGACAUGGGAUCAGAAUUGGAAAAUCAGAACAGGCAAAUCGACAGAAUCAACCGCAAGGGCGAAUCAAACGAGCAAAGAAUAGCGGUGGCCAACCAAAGGGCUCAUCAGCUUCUCAAAUAAAUCAUUACUAUGUGAUCUUAUUUAUAUUAGAUGAAUUGAGCUCAGAAAGACACUUAGAAAUUGAUGUAAUAACGACUCCAGACAUGAUAAUAUUGUCACAUUCCAUCAAUUGAUAUCGAACAUGAAACAACAUAUAUAAUAUUGGCUUUAUUUUCACACAUUCAAAACGGAAUACAAGAGACAAACUACAGAGAACAGUUGAUAUCCAAGAAAAUCCAUGCAUACGAUUACAAAACUAAAUAGAAGAACUAUAUUAAAAAUAGUACUGCAUGAAAAAUAUCUAAUGCUUAUUUCUGGAAAACUUAGACAACAUACCGCAGGAAAUAAAGUUUUAUCGAUUCUUCUUGAAUUAUAAAUUAUAUAUUGAUAUAAUCAGCUUACAGCAAGUUAAAAUAUAAAAUUAAAUACUGCAAAUAGUGCAACUUUGAAUAUUGUUUAACGGGAAUACAAAAGAAAAACAACUAAGAAAGAAAUUUAGAGCUUCCAUUAUGUUUGCGAAUGAACUGAGAUGAAGAGUCGAAGAGAAAGCGACCAUUUUUCACGUACAGUUUUUAGUAGUUUGUCGAAUUAAACGAAUUAGGGCAAAAAUAUUCGUAGUUCGUUAAUGUGCUCAGUUUUGCAAAAUAAUUGUCCAUGUAUGUAUAAAGCUCUAUUGAAAUUUUUUUAAAUUAAAAGGUACAAGGCUUGAGUACUACACGCUCAAGUUGCAAUCUUUAUUCUAGCAUUGGGUGCAAAACUAAUUUUCUCUGAUACACCUCGAGAAUUUCGAAACACAUGUGAAAUUCGAAUAGGAAAUUAAUAAAACAACUUAAUGAUAUUAUGUCAAUGAUUCAAAGGACCAAAACACAGUGGAAAUGAUCGGAUUGAAAGAAUUAGUCGAACGUAAUAGUCACAGUCAGUGUAAAUGAGAUAGAGACGAAAUAAAUACUAAACAGAUAUGAAAGCUGCAAUAGGGAACCUGAGAGAAUAUAUCUGAGAAAAUAGAAUGGAAUGCUUCGAUGAUGCUACGAUCUGAUUGAGGGAACGCAGUCAAGCUCUAGCGAGGCUAUUAUUGAUGCAGCAUUAUAAGUGCAGUACAGACCGUUUUCCUUGAUAGAUGCAUAUUGUUGUUUUAUUUCAUCACUUUUGGUUGAUUUCUCGGUUAGCGAUGCUCAUUAAACUAUUCUGUUAAGAUUAGAUUUACCCUUGAACGGGCAAAAAGUAUAUAUCAUAUAAUUACGAAACUAAUUUCAAAGCAAUAUCGAAUGCCUUAAACAGUAGUUGCAAAAAAAUCAAAUGGCUUGUAUAGUUAAAAAGAAUUACAAUGUGUGAAAUUUCUGUUCCAAUUGCUACUAUAGAGAUGUUCGUAUGCUUUCCUAUUUUUUUAUCCGCUCGAAAAUUUAUUUGGUUUUUUUUAUUUUUAAGAUUUGUAUUUUUUUUACUUUGUUUGAUUUUUUAUUUCUUUCUCCGUGCAGGGUGAACAAAAUAAAAUUCGUCUGGACGAGGCCAAUAAAAGAACAAACGAACUUCUGAAAAAUUAAAAGUAAUGUUUGGUAAUAAAAACUAGAAAGACGAAAACCGGGGUGCUUUCCAUUACUUGGUUUUGGUUUUUGUUGAUUGAGUGCGUCUGCUAGUUUUUUAAUGUUCGCGAAGGAAAAUAAUUACCUUUUUAUACUCCAUAAUUCUGCUUAUUAUUUUAAUAUUUAUUUGCUCAAUUUUUUAUGUACCUCAGUUUACAUUUACAUAUAUAUAUUAAAUAAAACAAUUACUAGGAAAUAUUCUUUAUUAUAAAUUGUAAAUUUUAAUAAAUCGUUUACUUCGCUUUCUUUGAAAAAAAUAAUUAUUAUUGAUUUUGGAUAGCGCACAAUGAUUUAAUUUGCAAAAAAAUGCAAAGAAUAUGCUUUUGAGGUUUUUUUUUAAAUUAAAUAUUUUAAUUUGUAUAAAUCUAGGUAUUAUAAAGCAAUAAAACUAGAAAAAAUUAUAUGGUUUAGAGAAGGUGUGAGGAACGGGUCUUCAAGCGGAUCGGGUACUUGUGUUGUGGAUCAAAACUGUUUUCCUGGAGAAAUUACUUCAGACCGUAUACUACCUAAAUAUUUGAACGAAUGGAGUAAUGUCCAUUUUUGCUUCUUUAAUGAAAACGUUGCAUAACUGAACAAAAUAAAUUGUUAGAGAUUAAAUGUUAUAGUAUGAAAUGAUUGCUUUUCUAUCAGCGAAGAUGCAGAUACAUUUUUGAAUAAUGUGCUGUGUGUAGUUCUUCCUAUUAAUUGCUGAAUUUUGCAGGAUAUGAGGAGAAUUCGAUGCUCGUGUGAAUUCACUAAAUAUUUUAUUUUAUUUUGGUUGCUUAGUAUACAAUUUGAAUAAGUUGCAAGAUAUAAAAUGGCUGGUAUUGUCUGCAGGCUCGGAAAUUCAUUCAUGUCAUUAACAAGAUAUGAUUUUAUUUGGAAAUAAUAGGUAAUUGUAUAUCCCAUGUGUAGGAUAAUUUAAUUUAGUUUGACAGAGAUAAGUCGAUAAGUCAUAUCCAAACGUUCGUAUUUAUUUCACUCAUGAAAUUACCUUUACGUUGCUUCAUUUGUUUCUGGAAUAAUCCCAACGGAGGCAUCCUAUUUAAACUUCCGCUUGAAGAUUGACCGAGGAUUUGUUGUUUCGAUUAAAAUCUGUGAUUCAUCCAACAAUAUCACUUGAAUUCGACAAAAAUCCUCUACACUUCCAUGAUAAUUCAUACAAUUCGAUUAGAACUAUUGACAUUAUCAACAUGAAUGGGAAGCCAUCAUAAAAAGCACUAAUCAUAAGCAGGAUUUAUGUUGAUACUUCCUGUGACAUGAUAUUCGUUUCAUAAAUUUUUCCGUUGUCUUUGUUUCCAUUGAUGAAUAUCACAGUUAUAUAGAAAGAUUUGAAAACAGAAAAAUGGAUUACUGCAAACCGACAAAGAAUAUCAUUAUAGUCUUUAAACAAUGAAAUUUACUGUUAACACCAGUUAUUCCACCGUAGUAAACAAAUGCAGAAAAAUAAUAUUAUACAACUAAAUAUAAUUACCAGAGUAUUGCAGUCGACACUACAAUGCUACUAGAAUAUAAUCGCUCUUAAAGCGAUGAAUGUAAAUUGACGAAACGAAAAAGAGAAGAAGAGAUUAGUAUUCACAAAAAAUCAAUAUUUUUCAUUCUCAUUAUUCAAAUAAUUGAAUUAAGUAGUUGAAAUAGGAAACCAAAAUGUGAUUAAUAUACAAAUAUCAAAUCCGUACCUUAACAACUAUACAACGUACUCUGUUCGUUUUGAGUUGUUUGAAAAUAGAUUAAUUGAAUUGCUAGUGCAGUAGGCAUUUUUUGAGCAUCAUUUUCUCUGUAGGGAUGGAAUGACUUUCCUUUUUAAUUCGAAGAUUAAACAAUGACCAGACCUGGAUCCUGUAGAUAUUUAAAAGUGGAAACUUAAAUUAACUUUGAAAGCAAAAUUGAUAGAUUUAGAGGCGGUGCGAAUUUAGUUGAAUCGAUUCGAGUUUUAUUAAAUAUUAAUCGUCCUAUGAAGCUUGUUUAGACGUAAACUUAACAUUCAAAAGCAAAUAAUUUUAUUGGUAAGGAAAUAGCUCUUGAAGUUUCUUUUAAAUCGAAGUAUUUAAUAUAUGAAAGUGAGAAUAAAUAACACUAUGUACAAAAGCCAGCAUACUAUUAUUGAUAUGAAUCAUAUAAAAUGGAAAAAUUACUCUUCAUGCUAAGAACAAAUAUCUCUAUGUCUUUACUUCUAUCAAUUUAAAUAAAAGCAAAAGUAUUUGGAAAAUCCUACAAAAAAAUAAUUAUUAUCGUCAUUAUUAUAUAAAGGUGUAUUUAAUCCUCUUCUAAAACUGUACUCCUUUGAAAUACAUUAACAGUUUUAGUGAUAUGUAAUUAUAAUUAUUUUGUAAAAAUGUGAGAAAAACUGAAUAAUUCAAUUGAAAAAGAAGAAUGCAAUGUAGAAACUCAAUUGAUAAGAUGUCGAACUAACCAAAAUUUUUCUAGAGAAUAAAAUGAAGUGAAAGAAAACGAGACGAACGAAGAAAGUAGGUGCACAUAAUGAUAAAAUAUGAAUUAAUAACAACAACAAACAUGUUUGCCUUUUUACAAAUAAUUGUUACGGAGACGGCAUAUAUAGCGAAAAUUCCUUGACUCUGUUUUAUUACUUUCUGUAAGCUACGUGCGCAUAUUAGUAAUAGUUGAGAUUUUUUGCAUCCGUCGAUUGAUUAUUUUUCUUUCAUUUUCUCGCGUAAUUAUUGUCACUGUUUUUCCUGUAUUUGAUUUUCCAUUGUUUUCGGUCAGAUAAUAUUAAGCGCAUUAAAUGUUAUUCAAUUAUUGAAAAUGUUUAUAAAUACAUAUAUAUUUAUAUAUAUAGAUUUAUUUGUCAUGUACUUAAAAUGCAGAGAACUUUGUUGUUUUUCAUUCUCCACGCGUAUGGUAUGCGGGGGAAUAUUUAAAUGUUUUUAGCAGGUAAGUUUAUUAUUAACUAAAAAAAUACUUAAAAUUUGAUCAAGUGAUAUAAAUUAUAAUAUUUAAAAUUGAAGACAUGUAAUUAAAUAAAAAAGGAGUAUAUUAAUAAAAAGUUAUUAUAUUAUCUAACAUAAA